AUGCCGAGAACAUAUCUUCGGGUGUUGUUGACUUUCAAAACGACGAAAUCCGUCGCGCGGCUUAUCCAGCCGCUUCAAUGUGCUCUAAACGACACUGCACAGCAGAUACCAUGGCUGAAUGGGCGAGUCGUCACUACGGAGUCAGCUGCCAUGAAACCUUCUCUUGAGCUACGCUGGCACAGUGAGGACGGAUCACCCACGCUGCAUGACCUGGGCUCAAUUCCUAUGUCGUACGAUUCAGCGGCUGCAGAUGGAAUGAUCCCCAACGCGCUUCCUGCUGGUAUCUGGCCGUUACAAGACGUUGACAAUGUCGCUUUCCUCAAAGAUGGGGCUCAAGCUUUUUCGACCGGGAUUUUUCGCUUUGGAGAUGGACAAGGCGUGGGCUUGACCAUCUGCAUUCACCAUAAUGUAACCGAUGCACAAGGUUUCACUGACCUAGUGAGACUGUGGGUCUCGAACCUCACCGGGUCUGGAUUGCGCUUUUCGUCCGACAGCCGAUUGGAUCGACUCUCAAAAGUGCUUACUUCCGAGCUCACUGUUGCUAACGACCAGUCUUUAGAGGCUUUGUUUGCUAGGCAUGCAGAGUAUUCCCAACUGCCACCUUCCUUGCCGUCGGAAUUUCCAUCCUGCACCUCGAAAUUGUUUGCCAUACCGGCGGCACAAGCGGAAGCAAGUAAAAAACUUCUUCGGAACUAUACCACUAAAAUUCACACCACCAACACGAUAAUAUGUGCUCUUAUCUGGUCAACAAUCACUCGAAUCCGCAAUCAACGCCAGCCACCUGCAAGCGGAAACACCCGUUUGGCAAUGGCAGUCAACGGCCGACGAUGCCUAGGGGAAGACUUCUCAAGUCCAACAAACCCCUAUAUCGGUAACAUCGUACUAUAUUCCCUCGCUAAACUAUCGAAGCAGGAUCUCAAUAUAACCCAGCAAGAAUCUAUCCAAAACUUCGCAAGGAUAUGUGAUACGAUCGCCGCAUCGAAUUCACGUGAUAAGAUCAAUUGUCGCCAUAUUGCAGAGACGUAUAGUUUGAUUACAAGAGUGAAAGACUAUCAAUCUAUAUUCAUUGGAUGGGACCCUCUAGCUGGACAUGACCUCACAAUUACAAGCUGGGCGGAUGUGGGCCUGUACGACAUUGACUUUGGUCCAGAACUUGGUAAACCAAGCUUUAUACGAAUACCAGGGGCUCAAGCUGAUGGUGUUUGCAUUAUCUUGCCGAGGAAGAGAUUGAAUCGUGACGAUGCGGAUAAAGAUAUAGUAGAAGUACUACUUAUGCUGCGGAAAGAUGAUAUGGAGACACUGGAAAAGGAUUCUAUAUGGAAGGGCAUAACUUCCUAA